AUGGAUACCAAUCGCUGUAUUGAUCCGGACACGGUCCCAGAUUGGGAAGAAUUUAUGGCAAAUCCUCCCAAGCUGCAGAGAGAAGAAAUACGACAUACGGUGGUGUGCAAAGUUCGAAGAUUGCACUGGAAUAUCUAUCAGCGCCUUCGCCGCCCGGAACCCACUCUGUCACGUUGUCCGGUUUGUGAUUCGGUGCCCUUUGGGUGGGCAAAGCCAGACUUUGACUGCAAGGUCGAUCCAAUCGCUGAAUUUCAUCUUCCUGGAUUUAUUGCUCCAAGAUUGUGGGGAGAGGCCCGGUUCUCUCACCUGUAUUUACGCAUCGGAUUCCGUUACCAGAAUCUAGUUGCUCACAGAAUGGAAAAGCUUGGGCUGUUGGAGGCAAAGCCGGCGGCAGGGCCGGUCAGCCCGUAUGUCGUACAGCUUAAAUUGGUUUUGCUGAUUUUCCAAGCGCAUUUUGACACGCCCGGCCUCAUGAAGGAGUCGACGAUCCAAAAUGCACUAGAGGCUGGAAAGGUCAUUCUAGAUUUGACGCAGCGGAAAGCAUAUGUCAGAGAGGCAUUAGGUUUCAACAAAGAAAUAUGGGCCGGCAUGGCCGACUUACUAGCAGCUGCUACGCCGGAACUCGAGCGGCAGUCUUUCUCGAGCCCAGAGUCUGUCGCCUCUCUGCCAAACACGCUCCCUGGCACAUGUUCAACAGUCAUCGCCUUCAAUUUCGCAACCCUGUUUAGGGAUAUUGAGCGGGUGAAUGACAUUUGCAUAAUUGCGCGGAACUGCUUAGCGACGAAAGAUACAGCGCAAGAUUUCGCUGCUCUUGCAGGCUUUGACGCUCAGGUGCUCAAACUGAUUGACAUUUGCGUUCGAGUCACCGCAAGAGGUUACGACGGAGAGGCUGGCACCAGAAGCGAGGAGAAGUGGCAGAGAGCGAUUAAUGCCUACAAGAAAUUGUUGAUCACAUGCCUCCAAUUUCUCCACAACCUUGUCAUGGGCAAUGAACGACGAAAGCUGCUGCUGUGGCUCGAUCUCUUUUGCCCCACGGCGGAAAUGGACUCUUUAAGCUGCGGUCUCCUUCAGGGUCUCCCUGCCCACAACAUUCCUCCCCCGAGAGAGAAUAUCUCUGCCACGCCAGAGACAGUAGCAUCCUCGGCAUCCAAGGAAGCCUCAAGGGUUGUACAAACAUUUAAAGAGGCUGCGGAUGGACUGACGGCCGAAGUGGAGCAACUGAGGCUGCAAGACAGUUCAGAAGAAAGCUUCCAAGCGUCCGCCAUUCGUGCAAUUAGGGGUACAGUGGACGGUCUAGCCGCUGAGAUUCAACAACUUCGCAUGCAGGGCUUGGAUGGGCAUAUCCCCCGCAUACCUCCUCUUCAGGAUAACAAAGGCAAAGAGCGCGUGGGAGUUUCCGAGGAUUUGUACGAACAAAUUGACAAUUUGAUCAUGGAAAGUGUCAAGAAGGGAUCUGCGGCCUCGUUGGAAAACAUUGUCAACCUUAGAUAUGCGCUAGCUUCUUCCAGUGAGGGAGAGGGCGCCAAUACUACAUCUCCACUAACCCCGAAAGACCCGGGUAUGCCUGCAGGUUUCCCUUCGCCCAACUUUUCUGGCCCCGUUACGGAGGAGGACAAGGUCAUGACGCGGACACCGGAAGCCGCAGCGUUAACUCUUGAGACUGCGAAGAAGCAGCUAAUGGACCGGCUUCGCGACCAAUCUUUGACAGAUGAGCACGAGCCUCCAUUUGAGGGAUCAGAGGACGGUGAUCUGAGAGAUGACCCUGACGGGGUGCAAGGCGAAGGCAGUUUGGAAGACGAGGACGAUGACUACCAAGGGCCUGGCGACCAAGAGCGGGGAUUGCUCACGGAUGUUCCUUUAAUUCUCGGACCGCACGAGAUUGAAGCCCUUCCCAUGAUCAUUCAGACCGGUAUCGUGAACGCCUUUGGGGGAUCCCGAAAUGCAAAUCCCGAUGGCACACAGCCCGUCACUAAUAUGCAAGCUGUGCGCUGCAACAUUCUCCUCGCCCAGGAGGUGGGACGAAAUUUGCUGCGUGAGCUUUUGAUCUUUGUUGCAGCGUGGGAUCUGCAGGAUGAAGACUUUUAUACCAAGCUCAUGGUGCAAAUCAUGCAAGCGGUUCUCGAGAAUGGUCUUCUCCCCUUUACGUACAUGACAUUCGGCGAAGCCAAGGACAUCAUCUCUCCCGCUCAAGCUGUCAUCGUCAAGAUUCUCACCUCCAUCUUUCGGCAAAAGCAAGCGAUUGCCAACGCGGCCGCAACUGCAUCGAGCCCCGUCACCGGCCGGGCCACUUCUCCUUCCAAGCCUCUGUACCCAUCACGUGUCGAGGUUGUCAUGGUUCGCUACCUUUUCAGCGUGUUCCGGCAGUCCAUCAUCCCAGAGACUUGCGCUUUAAUCUACCUUCAAGGUCAGAUUCACGCAGGCAACGCCAUCCCGGACGUUUUCCCCUUGAACUUGUGGGACGUCGAACGCGUCUACGAAGGCGUAUAUCAAUUCCUCGAAUUCUUUGCUGUUCUCACCGAGCACGAAGAAUGGAAAUCUCUUCUAAUUAAGUGGGAGCUCGUCAACGAACUCGUCACCUUGUUGCGUGAACUCGAGGAAAGCAUUCCCAAGGGUUCAUUUGACGAGCCGCCUUCACCUAGCCCCGCUACCCCUUCUACUACCACCGGGACAGCAGCGGGCGCUGGAGUUGGAGCUGGAGCUAAAACUACAUCUAACCCGGCACCACCACCGCCUCCUCCCCCUCCCCCUGCCCAAGCCAAUCCUUCCCCGCCGCCCGUCGUGUCCGUGGAACGGCCCUUUGACACGGACCCAGGCGCUUCGUCUACUCCCGGAAUCGCCCUUGCCAAUGGCGGCAACGGACCCCUCGCUCUCCCACCGACGCUUCAAAACCCAUACUCCCUCGACCCAUCGGUCAACGAGCUCGUCGACGACCCCGACGCUGCAGCCGCUCACGGCCUCGGCAACGAGUACCCGCAGGAUUUCGAAUGGCGCAACCUCAAGAAACUCGUCAUUCUCGUUCUUUCCUCGCUCGUAUGGAAAUCACCCACCGUGCAAAACCAGGUCCGCCAGUACGGCGGCAUGGAGCAGAUCCUCUCCUGCUGCCGCUUCGACCAGCAUAAUCCGUACAUUCGCGAACACGCAAUCAUGUGUCUCCGAUUCCUCCUCGAAGGAAACCGUGAAAACCAGCAACUUGUUCACGAACUCGAGCCGAAGAUGGCUGUGCCCAGUGAAGUCCUCGACAAGAGAGGCUACGAAACGUUCAUCGACGACGCAGGUAAAGUUGGGCUGAGAAGAAAGGAUGGAUUGAGCGCUGCGGCUGCCGCUGCUGCAGCCUCUGCCAACCGGAAGUAA